UAUCAACAGGAAAUAGGAAGGAAAUCGGAUUUGAGUAGAUAAAAGAUGGAAAGUGUGUGUGUGACAGGAGCAGGAGGAUUCAUUGCCUCCUGGCUUGUCAAGAUGCUUUUGAGCAGAGGAUACACUGUAAAAGGAACAGUCCGCAAUCCUGACGAUGGAAAAUAUGGGCAUCUGAAAGAGUUGGAAGGGGCGGAAGAGAGACUUGAGCUUGUAAAGGCUGAUCUUCUAGACUAUGACAGUUUGAUAAGGGCUAUCAGAGGGUGUAAAGGAGUCUUUCACACGGCUUGUCCUAUUACUGAAGAUCCGGCACUAGUUGUGGAGGCCGCUGUGAAGGGCACUGUAAAUGUAUUGAAGGUCUGCAACAAAGAGGGAGUGAAGCGUGUAAUACUUACGUCCAGUAUCGGUGCCAUUUACCUCGAUCCCAACAGGAAUCCACAAGCCAUAGUCGAUGAAGACUUCUGGAGCGACCUUGAUUACUGCAUUCAAACCAAGAAUUGGUAUUGCUAUGCAAAGACAGUAGCAGAGAAAGCAGCAUGUAUGUAUGCAGAGGAGGUGGGUAUGGAUUUGAUAAAGAUUAAUCCCACUAUAGUGUUGGGUCCUCUGCUCCAAAGCACUUUGAAUGCGAGCAAUGGUCAUAUUUUAAAAUAUUUAACUGGGUCUGCGAAGACAUAUGUUAAUGCAACUCAGGUUUACGUUGAUGUGAGAGAUGUAGCGAGAGCGCAUAUACUGCUCUACGAAACUCCCUCUGCCUCUGGUCGAUAUCUGUGUGGAGAAAGAAGUCUGCACAGAGGAGAGCUUGUGGAUAUGCUAGCACAAAUGUUCCCACAAUACCCACUUCCUACCAGGUGUUCAGACCAGGAAAAUCCAAGGAAAGUGGCGUACAAAUUCAACAAUCAGAAGCUGAGGGAAUUGGGUCUCUCAUUUACGCCCAUAAAGGACUGUUUGACUGAUACGGUGGCCAGCCUAAGGGACAAGGGAUUUCUUCCUUAGCAAGCCUCCUCAUGGAAGGAAAUCAAAGGAUAUAUAUGUAAAUGGAUGAUAGCAUAUAUUUAUAUUUAUUUCUAAUUCACUGGAUAAGU